AUGGCCCCAGGACGUUUAUCCCUAGCACAACAAAUUACGCAGCUGGAGGAAGCAGCGCCUGUUGAUUUUGACCCAGAGGAUGUCCAAUACCAUGGCGUGGAGCGCGAAGAUCAAAUGGACGUGGAUCUCUCUGCCGCCCGGGAACAUUACGUGGAGGUCGGCCCGAGCGCACUCCGGAAUUUACAAGCGAGCGUUGCAGAUCCGAAAUACGACGGCGUACGGACCUCUAGGAAGCAGCUUAUGGAAGACAGUGAUUUGGAGGGGAGUAACGGAGGGGAAGAUUUUGAUGAAGAGGACGAGGAAGGUGGAGGGGAGGACUUGGAUAAGGAUGAGCGUGAUGAUGAAGUGGAUGGGGGCGUCGAGGAUUCUGAGGAAAGUGUAGAAGAAGAGGAAGUGCAAUCGGGGAGUGAAAAGGACGCGGAAGAAGAAGUUUCGGAACCAGAAUUUCCUCAGACGUCGCGUAAACGGUCAAAAUCUCCGGAAGCUGCGGAAGAUAUGACUUCUGCUAUGAAGGUUAAGCGCGAGGAGGACCGAAAGAAGGGCAAAGCUGUUGCAAAACAAAUAGCAUUAUGGGAUACUCUACUAGACACCCGAAUACGUCUCCAGAAGGCCGUCGUCGCGUCGAAUGACUUACCGCUGCCGUCGCAGAUGGAAGAAUUACUUCAGCUACCGGCAUGUCGUGGUGCUCUUCGUAAGGUUCUUGAAGAAUCACUGCUCUUGGCGGAUGAUCUAUUUGAUUUGGAAGAGCGUCUAUUGACGACAAACGAGAUUAUAGUACCGCCAGCUCGAAAACGGCGAAAAUUGGAGUCACCUGAGUCACCUGCGGACUACGCGGCAAGUGUGUCUGAGUCGUCCGAGGCUAAUUCAGCCCUCGAAGCAGCCUUCCAUCCAUAUCUCAAUCAAACGCUGUCAAAAUGGUCUUCCAAAAUUCAAGCCGUCGCUCCAUCCGUUCUCCUUCCCUCGAAUCGUGGAGCUUUCUUAAAGGGCUCCCAAAACAUAAAAUCAGCCGUGCAGCUCAUUGACGAAACGCUUGCGGACCAUGAGAAGCUCGUUGAGAAGACCCAGGUACGGAGGGGGAAGAGCGCCCGCAUUGGGGCAGUGCCGGAGGACUCUGAGGAUCAAGCUGGAGGAGACGUUGAGAUAUUCGAUGAUACAGAUUUUUACCAGAAGCUUCUGAGGGAUAUCAUCGAUUCUCGCGGUGGCGGCGAAGGCGGGGAUGAUUGGUUAGUGCAACAGAAACAGAAGAAGGCGAAGAAAAAGGUUGAUACCAAGGCGAGCAAAGGACGGAAGUUACGGUAUGAAGUCCAUGAGAAACUCCAAAACUUUAUGGUUCCCGUGCCUUCCAGGGUAGCAUGGCAUGAAGAGCAGAUCGAUGAACUUUUUGGAUCUCUGUUAGGAAAGGGAUUCGACCAUGCCGGGAUUAAUGGUGAUGAGGUCGUAGAGCAUACGGUAGAGGUGGACGACGCACUGAAAAGUGGAUUUAGGGUGUUUGGGUAG